GCAAGUUAGGCCUUUCAAAGCUAUAUAGAUGGUUAUAUAUUCUUUUAUCUAGGUACGUGCGGCGAAUUCGCCUUAGAACAUGCAUAUGGUGGUAUCAGUAUCCCGGACCUGGUGAUAAGACAUUAAAAAUCUUCCGGGUACCUUGAAUCACUGACCUAUCUCUGUCCUCUUAAUUAUAUUACUGAUAACACCAUAACUUAUCAGACAUCUACUUCUCUUCUUUUCCAUCGUAAUGUCAAGUUUAGAAACAGAAGUUGUAGCCGGAGGAGCUGCAAUAGCUAAUGAACAUAAAAAUACAGCCGCUGCUGGUGGUCAUCUGGCACCACCAAACCAAAGUGGCAUACCUACCGUAGAGCAGCCAUAUGACGAGAAGUAUAACGAGAAAUCCAACGAAAAGGGCGUAAUAGAUCCAGAAGGACAUUACAUACAAGACGUAGAUGUAGAGGGCACCUUCCCAACUGAAGAAGAGAUGGCCACGUUACCAAGAACGUCAGAGAGUGUUAACUGGUAUAUAUUCCUGAUCGUUUUGGUAGAAUUUGCCGAAAGAUUUGCUUUUUAUGGUAUUACAGGUGUAUUCGCUAAUGAAAUCCAAAAUCCACUUCCAGAUGGCUCAACAGCCGGUAACCUCGUCGAUAACGAGAACCAGUCACCUGGUGCACUUGACAUGGGCCAACAAGCAUCAACUGGUUUGACCAACUUCUUCCAGUUCUGGUGCUAUGUUACACCAAUCAUUGGUGGUAUCAUCGCUGAUACAAAGCUUGGACGGUUUAAAACAAUUGCAGUCUUCUCAGGUAUUUAUCUAAUCGGUUUGAUCAUCUUGACAUGCACUAGCAUUCCACAAUCACUCUCAGGUGGAUCAAACUCUGCAUUCGGGGGUAUGAUUGUCUCCAUGAUCGUCAUUGGUUUUGGAACUGGUGGUAUAAAAUCAAACAUCAGUGUCUAUCUCGGUGAACAAAUCAAAACAGAUACCAUGUAUGUCAGGACAAAUCCAAAAUCAGGCAAGAAAGAAAUUGUUGAUCCAAAUAUCACUGUUCAACGCCUGUUCUCGUGGUUUUACUUCACCAUUAAUGUCGGAUCGCUUGCGGCGCUCGCAACAACUACAUCUGAACGCAAAGUCGGUUUCUGGUUAGCAUACGCAUUACCCACAAUUGUUUUCUGCCUCAUUCCUAUCCUUUUGGUAUUUAUGUACAGUAGAUUAACGCAUUACCCACCUAGAGGUAGUGUUCUCAUCGAAUCGUACAAGGUAUGCAAAGCGGCCUGGUCUAACUGGAGAUGGAACUGGAACGCUGCUAAGCCAGAUAUGUAUGAAUCAAAACACGGACAAAAGCCAAGCUGGGAUGGUGCGUUUGUCGAUGAAGUACAGAGAGGUAUGAGGGCAAGUUUAAUCUUUGCAUUCUUCCCAUUAUACUGGAUUUGCUAUAACAACAACUACAACAACUUAAUUUCCAUGGCUGGUAGUCUCCGGAGUGAUGGAACACCUAAUGACCUUAUCCAGAACGUCGACCCUAUCUUCUUGAUAGCUGCAAUCCCGAUUUUGGAUUUAGUAGUAUACCCAGGGCUUAGGAAAAUGGGUAUUCCAUUCCGCCCAAUUGCUCGUAUUACUUGUGGUUUCUUCACUGCAUCUUUGGCUAUGGUCUAUUGUGCAGUGUUGCAGCAUUUUAUCUAUUCGAAGCUGUCACCAUGUGGGGAUCAAGCUACAACCUGUGAUCAGCCCGGUGAUAUCAACCUCUGGAUCGUCGCUCCUGCAUACGCUUUGAUAGCGUUGUCAGAGUGCUUUGCGUCAAUCACAGGUUUGGAAUAUGCAUUCACGAAGGCUCCAACUAGUAUGAGAGGUCUCAUUAUGGCUAUUUUCCUCUUGCAAACUGCAUUCGGUAACGCAAUCAACCUUGCACUCUUGCCGGUUACGGAAGAUCCUCACCUUGUUUGGCUUUACACUGGAAUUGCAAUCACAGCAUUUAUUGCUGGUAUCGUCUUCUACUUCACAUUCAGAAAGUGGGACGAAACUGAAGAGCAAGACAAUGCCAUCGGACACGGUGGACGUAUGCAAAAGGAAGAUACAAGAAAAGAAUAGACUAUAAUUUCAAUUUAGUUCCUGGGUUUUAGAUGUGUUUCUAUUAAUUUCAAUUUUUCAUGUAAAAUAGGCCACUCAAUUUUGAACGGGAAGUUCAGAUAAUGGUGGUGAACCCUAUAUAAUAAUCUAUUGUAUACUUUUCUCAUGAACUAUCGC